AUGUAUAAAAUUCACGUUGAUGAUGAUCAUCAUCAUAGUCCCCCAAUUUUUAUAUUUCCCACAAUUUCACCGGAAUGGACAAGGUUUUGGAGAGACAAAUUUGAUAAGAUUGGUGAGACCAAUGCAGCCAUUAUGGAAUUAUACAAGAAUAGACAAGAAAAUUAUGUGGCCCAUCGAUUGGAAAGUAACUGUUCAUUGAGCAUUGAGGAGAUGAAGAAACACUCGGAGGAUUUGAAUGAGAAGGACAAGGGGGAAUUGUGUAGCAUGUUGAUGAGGAGAAGUAUUGCGAGAAUGGAAAUUUCCAAGUUUGAGGAAGCUGUUGAAGAUGUGGAAAUGGCCAUUUGGUUGAUGGAUACAGAGGAGAGAAGAAAUCAUUUCAUUGUAUUGUAUAUUCUUGGUAUGGCUCAGUAUGGAGCUUGUUUGUAUCGAGAUGCUGCUCAUACUUUUAUGAAAGCCAUCGAUAAUAGAGAAUCUAUGAAUCAGUAUGUAAAUGAGGAGGAAUUUGUGGAAAUGGAAAAGGAAUUUUUGAAUUGGCAACUUGAAUCUAAAAAACCAUUUGAAAAGACAAUUCUUGGAAUUAAUCAAGGAAUGACAAAUUGGAAUAAUUCAAUUUUUAAUGCUAAAAAUUCUGUCAAGAAUUGGUUAAACCAUAGUUUGGGUCUAAAUACUUCAGAUGCUAUCAUUCAAUCAAGACCAAAAACUGUUAUUACUUUGGAAUUGUUGUAUAUUAGAGCUGGGUUGGCUUAUUUUGAUGCAAAUAUUUAUCAAAAUGCCAUUCCGUUGUUUACACAUGCUAUUGAUUUGGGUUCUAAAUACAAAUCAGAUAAUGUGGGAUCGUCAUUUUACAAUAGAGGUCUUUGUUAUUAUUUUUCAUGGGAUUUUCAACAAGCUUUGGAAGAUUUUAGUCAUAGUAUUCAAGUUCAAACGAAACCAAAUGAGAAACCAUUCAUUAUGAGAUCAAGUUUAUUUUCUAGAAUUGGAAAACAAGAUGAAUACGAAGAAGAUUACAAUUGUGCCAGAAAUAUCAAUCCAAGAGUUUACAAAAGUGGUCUAUCUCAAUAUAGACACAUGUCUGAGGAUACCUUCUUCCACAUGUUGAGCUUUUUAGAAACCAAGCAAAUUGUUCAAGUUGUCAGAACUUGUAAACACUGGAAGAGUUUGGUGACCAAAUAUUUACAAGAAAAACCAGUACUCCUUUCUGAUACAUUCAUUGUGGAUAAGAGAGUUGCUUUCAAUCAAGAUCCUCGAAGUCCUAUCAUGCAAACAUUUUUCCCAAAAAAGACAGUUUCCUUUGCAGAAUUUUUUAGAAAUGCCUUGAUUGUUCCAAUACUUUGUCAGAAUGUUGCUCAUGCUGUAUGUUUUGAAUCAGAUGAUUACUGGAAAUACAACAAUUACACAUCUCUCACACAAGAUUUAGUUAAACAUUACAAAAAUCUCAAAACAUUGAAGACCAGUGAAUCGCUCUAUGAUGAUGAUUUUAAUAAUCUUGCAUAUAAUUCACCAAAUAUAGAAAGUAUUGAACUGGAUGUGCAAUGUCAAUCCAAUCAAGUCAGUAAUUUACUCACAAAAUUUGACAAGUUGACAAGAAUUAGAUUUGGUAGUAUAUUCUUCACUCCAAACAUGUUUGCCAACCACAAUCCAUCCCUCAAAACUGUAGAAUAUAGAUAUCCAACAAAGAAAGAUGUUUCCUAUCUUCUCGAAACCACAACGUAUGAACAACUUGUCGCUGAUUCUGAUAAUGAAAUGAAAUCUCAUCCAGAAAUUACUUUCCAAGUCCACAAAUAUCCAAAUAUCCAAUAA